GCGACAAACAAACAGUAAAUCUCUUCCUGCAUAAGUACAAACACCCCGAGAAUAGGGUGCACUCGAAAACGUUUUAAACAGAGAAAGAGUUUUGAGUUCGUCAAACAAAGGAAACCAAGAUGUCAACUACAGUAGUUGUUCAACAACCAGCUGGCGUUCCAGAUAAUAGGCUGAAGGUGACGGACAUUUACGGUCACAGACAAUGGAGUACCGGCCUGUUUGACUGCUUCUCUGACAUUAAAACGUGCAUACUUGGAUACUUCUGUUUACCCUGCACUCUGUGUAACGUGGCCUCCAGGACUGGGGAGUGCUGUUGUAUGCCUUAUUGUGUUCAAGGAGGAUCUGUCGUUCUGAGGAGUAGAAUCAGAACCAUCGGCGGCAUUCAGGGAUCCGCCUGUAAUGACUGUAUGGUUCUGACUUGUUGUGGCCCGUGUGGAGUGUGUCAGAUGCAGAGAGAACUCGAUAACAUGGGAGUCCCAUAAAGACGAUAUUUCAGAAGAGAAUCUGGAAACUCUAUUUUUAAUUAAAGUGACGCUUUCUCCUUGUAGCCUCUAUCUAUUAUAUUAGUAUACCCAUUCUGUACAUAUAUAUUAAAAUUU